ACUGUGUUUUUGGUACAUGUUCUUGUUGGGAUAGCGUUUGUAUGUUGGUUUAUUUUCGUGUUAGUUAUCUUCUUCAUUGCAUACAUUCUAAAGCAAUAUGAUUUCUUAUACAAGCCAAUAAGGUUUUAAUCAGGAUUAUCCUUAAUUAAUGUAUUCAUACUUACCGUUCACAAAAUAAUUAUGAGAAAACCAAAUACCGGAAUUACCCUUCAAAUCCAGAAGCUUCGGCUUUGGCCUAAAAACCCUACUAAACCCCAAUCGUCUCUCUUCUUAGCUCAGAGUGCUACCGAAAUCAAAAUCCACCAUUCUUUUCUCUUCCGAGAUUUUAGAAGUUUGCGACGAUGAUCAGGCUCUCUAAGCGCUCCGUCUCUACCCUCCUACGCUCCGGUAACCAAAGCUUCCGUAUCGCCGCCGCAGCUUCCACCUCCCGUUCUUCCCCAUCUGCCACGGAUGUCAAGAGAAGUGACACUGAAUCGAGAUGGUACUCAUCUUUAACCAAUGGACAAUCUAAGAAUAGUGGGUCAUUUGCUCAAUUGAACAUGAAAACCAAUUGGUUUAUGGGAUACCGGAACGAAUCCAGUGCAGCAGCAUCAGAUUCUUCCUCACAAGCUCCUCCACCGGCUGAGAAAUUCGAGUAUCAAGCUGAAGUUAGUCGCCUCAUGGACCUUAUUGUCAACAGCUUAUACAGCAAUAAGGAGGUGUUUCUUCGGGAGCUUAUUAGUAAUGCAAGUGAUGCAUUGGAUAAGCUUCGUUAUUUGAGCGUUACCAACCCUGAGCUCUCAAAAGAUGCUCCUGAUCUUGAUAUACGUAUCUAUGCAGACAAGGAGAAUGGAAUCAUAACUCUCACUGAUUCUGGUAUUGGUAUGACACGGCAAGAAUUAGUUGACUGUCUUGGGACUAUUGCUCAAAGUGGAACCGCCAAGUUCAUGAAAGCUCUAAAGGAUAGCAAGGAUGCAGGUGGUGACAACAAUUUAAUUGGUCAAUUUGGUGUAGGGUUCUAUUCAGCAUUUUUGGUUGCAGAUCGGGUAAUUGUGUCAACCAAGAGCCCUAAGUCUGAUAAACAAUAUGUAUGGGAAGGAGAAGCAAAUUCAAGCAGUUUUACCAUUCAGGAAGAUACUGACCCACAAUCUCUCAUUCCUAGAGGAACUCGUAUUACUUUGCAUCUUAAGCAAGAAGCCAAAAACUUUGCAGAUCCUGAGCGGAUUCAGAAGCUCGUGAAAAACUAUUCCCAGUUUGUUUCUUUCCCUAUUUACACUUGGCAGGAAAAAGGAUACACAAAAGAGGUUGAGGUUGAAGAUGAUCCAACUGAAACAAAAAAAGAUGACCAAGAUGACCAAACUGAGAAAAAGAAGAAGACCAAGAAGGUUGUUGAGAGAUACUGGGAUUGGGAGCUUACAAAUGAGACACAACCGAUUUGGCUGCGUAACCCUAAGGAGGUGACAACAGCAGAAUACAAUGAGUUUUACAGAAAAGCUUUCAAUGAGUAUUUGGACCCAUUGGCUUCAUCCCAUUUCACGACAGAGGGCGAAGUCGAGUUUAGGUCUAUCCUAUAUGUGCCACCUGUUUCACCAUCGGGGAAGGAUGACAUAGUCAAUCAAAAGACAAAGAACAUAAGGCUCUAUGUUAAACGAGUUUUCAUUUCAGAUGACUUUGAUGGGGAGCUGUUUCCUCGGUACUUGAGCUUUGUUAAAGGUGUUGUGGACUCGCAUGAUCUCCCACUUAAUGUAUCACGUGAGAUUCUUCAAGAAAGUCGCAUAGUGCGGAUCAUGAAGAAACGUCUAGUGAGGAAGGCUUUUGAUAUGAUUUUGGGUAUAUCCUUGAGUGAAAACAGAGAAGACUAUGAGAAGUUUUGGGAUAAUUUUGGCAAACACUUGAAAUUAGGGUGCAUCGAAGACCGUGAAAACCACAAGCGUAUAGCUCCACUGCUUCGAUUUUUCUCCUCCCAGAGUGAGAAUGACAUGAUCAGCUUGGAUGAGUAUGUUGAGAACAUGAAACCUGAACAGAAAGCCAUAUACUUCAUUGCUUCUGACAGCAUUACAAGUGCUAAGAAUGCACCUUUCCUCGAAAAGAUGCUGGAGAAAGGACUUGAAGUACUAUAUUUGGUAGAGCCUAUUGAUGAAGUUGCCGUACAGAGUUUAAAAGCUUAUAAGGAGAAGGAUUUUGUAGAUAUCAGCAAGGAAGACUUGGAUCUAGGAGACAAGAACGAGGAGAAAGAGGCAGCAGUGAAAAAAGAGUUUGGACAGACUUGUGACUGGAUAAAGAAACGAUUGGGUGACAAGGUUGCCAGUGUUCAAAUUUCCAACCGUCUUAGUUCUUCCCCCUGUGUUCUUGUAUCUGGUAAAUUUGGUUGGUCAGCCAAUAUGGAGAGGCUAAUGAAGGCACAAUCAACUGGUGACACAAUAAGCCUCGACUACAUGAAAGGGAGAAGAGUGUUUGAGAUCAAUCCCGACCACUCAAUUAUCAAGAACAUAAAUGCUGCUUACAAUAGUAACCCAAAUGACGAAGAUGCAAUGAGAGCCAUAGAUCUUAUGUAUGACGCAGCACUAGUUUCUAGUGGGUUCACGCCCGAUAAUCCAGCAGAGCUGGGUGGGAAGAUAUAUGAGAUGAUGGAUGUAGCUCUUUCCGGGAAAUGGUCAAGCCCUGAGGUGCAGCCGCAGCAACAGCAGAUGGCACAUUCUCACGAUGCAGAGACGUUUGAAGCUGAAGUGGUUGAACCAGUCGAAGUGGAUGGGAAGAAAUGAACACAAGCCUAAUGUUUUAUGUCCCUGCUACGAUUCUCAUCAUAUUCUUCUUCUUUUAUUAGUAGUAGCAGUAAAAGUAGAACCCCAAAACUCAGAACAAUAGGCAAUGAGCGAAUGAUAAUCUCUAUUUAUGUUGGAGAGAUUAAUAAUUGAUUGAGCUUGUUUUUGUUCCAGUUUGUGUUGAUCCUCCUCGGUAUAAUUUUAAUAACCGUUAAGAAAAAUUCAGUUGGGGUGUUUUUGGAAAGAUUUUUCGAGUUUUAUCUAACAAAACUAAAAUUUUGGGACAUAUGGUAAUUUUUAAUUAAAUAGAGG